UGGGAAAGCUCAGUACUUUGUUCGGUGUUCCGAAAGUGUAAACAUCAGUCGUCUUUUUUGCGGGCUGAAACUACACGUACCCCAGCAUUCCGGCGGACACCUGUUGAACUGAUAUAGGGUUUGGAACUGAAAAGUGACAUCCAGCCGCUCUGUUCGGAAGACGUCGAGUGUUGAGCGAAGAAAACACGAUGAAGACAGGCGUGGUCGCUGUUGCCUUCGUGCUCGCUUUCAUCGGUACGAGUACGAGUCUCCCAACAGGUCUACUCAACCAUGCAGAGUUGGAUCAUAUGACAGCAGUCCUGCUACCCCAAGUACAAGGAGCCGAAUACGGGUAUGAAGAUGAUGAGAUCCUGGAUCGAGAGGAGAGGUCAUCGCCCCCAAUAGGAUCGGGAUCUGGUCCUCUAGUACCUGGACCUCUAUCAGGACUAACCGAUGAUGAAGACCUCGUCACCGAGUCUCCACGAUUAGCGACCAAGCCGGAGGUAGUGAGGCUGGCUGUACUGUCUAAGGUAACGGCUCGCUUUGCAAGUACAGAGGUUCGAAGCAAGCUUAAGAACCUGGCUAGGAAAGCAGCUGAGGCCAAGUUUACAAUCAGCCUUCCAGAGGAUGCCUUCAUAAGCGCCUUCUCCAUGACCAUUGAUGACAUCGUCUACCACUCUGAAGUGAAGCCAAAGGACGUGGCUCAGAGGGAAUACAACGAAGCCAAAGCCAAGGGUCAAACUGCCGGACAGGUCAAACAAAGUUCACCUGACGAAAACAAAUUCGCUGUGUCUGUGACCGUCGAGGCUCGAUCCUCUGUCCUUUUCAACAUCACGUACGAGCAGCUCCUAAGGAGGAAAAAUGGUGUAUUCGAGCAACGCAUUAGUAUCCAACCGGGCCAGAUGGUACCCGACAUUCGGGUGGAGGCGCAUAUCACUGAACCCCAAGGUUUGAAGGAAGUUAAUGCUUCCUGGGCCGUAGCAGACAAGUCAGAUGAAGCCAAGCUCAAUAACAUGACCCUAGUUGACCUCAAGUCUCGCUCAGCCAAGGUGCUCUUCGACUCCAAAGGGGAAGGACUACUUACCACUUCCAAUGGCAUCAUGGGAGAUUUCAUUAUCAAGUAUGACAUCAUGCAUGAUGCCAAGGCAGGUCACCUUCAGAUUGUCAAUGGCUACUUCGUUCACUACUUCUCACCGGUAGGUUUGCCGAAAACGAGGAAGAACGUCGUCUUCGUCAUCGAUGUCAGUGGUUCAAUGCGUGGUCGAAAAAUGGAUCAGACUAAAAGAGCGUUCACUACGAUCUUGGACGAUGUUCGCCCGAUCGAUCGUAUCAACAUCGUACUCUUCGAAUCAGAUGUUCGAGUGUGGAGGAGCAACCAGAUGGUGGAAGCUACGGGCGACAACAUUGCGGCAGCCAAGAAUCAUGUUAACGAUAUAAGUGCAGGUGGAGGAACAAACUUAUACGAUGGUUUAACGAAUGCUGUUGACCUCCUGAUGGAACACGGCAAUGGCGAGGCCAUGCCCCUCAUCAUCAUGCUAACCGAUGGACAACCGACGUCGGGCAGCGUAACGAGCACGUCUGAAAUCAUCAAGAGAAUCACCAACCUAAUCGAUGGUCGACUGUCUUUGUUCAGCGUCGGCUUCGGAAACGGAGUCGACUUUUCAUUUCUGGAAAAACUCUCGCUUUCCAACCAAGCCCUGGCUCGUAAAGUCUACGAAGACUCGAGUGCGAGUUUACAGAUGAAAGGUUUCUACGACGAGGUUGCAAAUCCACUCCUCUUUAAUAUCAACAUCGAAUACAGCCACGGACUCGUGGAUGAAGACAGCCUCACGCAGUCGAACUUCAUGGCUUACUUUGACGGCACUGAAAUCACGGUGGCGGGAAAACUAAAGGAUGACGUCAUCUAUGCCGUUUGGAAUUCCUCGAACGACGCCAGCGGGCCCAUGGCAGGAGAACAUCGUGACGAGUCCGAUCUCGUACGCAAUGAAACCAUCUUAGCUUCAGCCCAACGUCCGGACACAGUUUCGCUUGUGGAUGGAAAUGAGGGAGGCAGCUACGGUGAGCUGUCUGUCGUCAUCACCGGGCAGUCCCUCGAUGUCGACAUCGAGUUCAACACAUCCACAACGAUAGAGAGAGAGCCCCCUCUACGUCGUCAUGAAGUGGAUGACUUUGCUCAACGUCUCUGGGCUUACCUCACCAUCAAGAAACUUCUGGAUCAACGAAAGACAGCAGACAAUCGUGAAACAAAGGCGGCGCUCUCCGAACGGGCCCUCAACCUCUCGCUCAAAUACCAUUUCGUCACACCUCUGACCUCUCUCCUGGUGGUCAAACCCGAUGUCAAUGACACCGAUGUCCAUGGAGAUGGUGAACCCGAUGUCCAGAGCGCCGAUACGGAGAGGUCAUUUUCAAAUGUGGCUCUCCAAAGUGCUCCUCGACCCCAGAGACCCCAGGUCGCAGCCCGGAGACCUCAGGGACCCCAGGGACCACAGGGACCACAGGGACCACAGGGACCACAGGGACCACCAUCUCGUGGAGAUUCCGUUAGAACGAGACCACAGCACAUCCCACUGUCCUAUCGGCCGGCGGCCGACGUGACUUCUUUUGCCGACAGUGAUCCUCACUUCAUGGUCGAGAUGUCUCAUUCUGGUUUGACCGUGUGUUUUGAUAUCAAUGGCGAUCCUGGUGAUGUAUUCAAUCUCUUGAGUGAUCCCAAGCUCAAUCUGCGAGUAUCUGCCUAUGUCAUUCCUGUGAAACACGACGGGAUUCCCGGUUCCAGUAGGAAUAAUACAUACUUCGGUAAGAUCGGUGUCCUUCUCGGGACGGACCGGUACCUCAUUCUGACACCCGACACCAUCGAAGUCAACAACGAGGCGUUCAAACUCGGCUGGGACGACCCCCUCUCGAUGCGCGUCGGUGACUUCGUCGUCCAUAUCAGGAAUAAGCAUCAAGUGGUGAUCGCUCAUGGUGAUGAUGUGGUGGUGGUGAUCAUGGCGCACCGCGUGAAACACGGAAACAUCUUCCUUGCAGAGAGAGAAAGGGCGACCGACAGGUCUCGUCGCGUUGAUCAUCUUGGGUUCUAUGUUGAGGAAGGAAAGGGUCUUGCUAAAGAGGUCCAUGGUCUCAUUGGUCAAUUUUAUCGAAAGACGGAGGUCCUCGUAUCAAGACCAGUCGUCGAUGCCACCGACCUGUUUGACGAACCCCUGCCCCUGAGCUCCCCCGAUCAGAACGCGACACUCUCGAUCGACGACCGACAGGUCCCCGUGACGCUCAUGAAUCGCCGCAUUCCCCUUAUUCGAGAUUACAAGGAAUGCUGGCAUGCUGCUGAUAAUGCCAAGGGUCUGAUUGAAGGAGACUACACUGACUACAAGCUACCGCAUCUCAAUGCGCGCCCAUCCGCCUAAACAUCUCUUUUUUUAAAAUCUCGAUAUAACUUGAACCAUGUUUGGUUAUUGUUCGUGCUGCAGUUAUAUAAGUGCACAUAA